AUGUCUCAGCAUCCCAUCAUUUCGCAGCAACGGUAUCCCAGCACGCCACGAGAUCCCACAUCGGCUCUCCAGUCCGACGAUUCAGCGCAGGAUGACACCAAGUGCAUGCUGCCUUGCCGUCCCGUUGCCAAUGCCGUGGCCAAUUUCGCCUGUGGUCGCAUCUUCUCGCCCUAUGACGACGAUGCCGCAGCAAAGCCGUGA